AUGAAUUCGGAAGAUAAACAUUGCUUAACUCCUUCAGAAGUGGGCAGCGAUGAAGAUGAGGAAUAUUUUGUAGAAAAGAUAAUUCAUCGUCGCAUGCACGCAGGAGAACUGGAAUAUUUGGUUAAGUGGAAAGAAUGUUCGGAUGAGGACAAUACCUGGGAGCUUGCAAAGAAUCUGAACUGCCCAUCAUUAAUUGAUGAAUUUGAAACGCAACGUCAAUUGAAGAAUAUGAAACGUAAGGCCGAACUGGUAGAGAAUGCUCUUUAUCAAACUAAAGCAAAACGAUUGAAAAUUGAAGCAGAAACUGUAAUGAGCAAUGCUUUUGAUAAUGGAUAUGAAGUUGAAGAAAUAUUAAGUGCCGCGAAAAUCAAUGGACAAAUAUUAUUUCUUGUUAAAUAUUUGGACUUGGAUCAACCAGAAACUGUUUCAUCAAAGGAAGCUUAUGCACAUGUACCUCAGAUGGUACUUAAAUUCUAUGAGAGACACUUCAGAUUCCGACAACAUUUCUUAGUUAAAUCAAGCGACUAAUUAGAUUAAUUCUAUCAAGGAAUAUCUUUUUAAGUUGAUUUUAUAGACUGAGCUAUAAAUAAAAAAAACGAUCUGAUUUUA